AUAUAUAUAUUUUGAAUUCCAAGGAAAUACAACACAAAGAUCAGAGAGUGAAAAAAGAAAAAAAUGUAUGUGACAAGACCAGUAUCAAUGUACAGGAGGAAUCCUGGUGCUCUUUCAGAACCUCCAUCAGGACCAAAUUCAGGUUUUCUUGUGAUCUGGGAUGAACCUCCUACUUACACUUGUUUCGGUUUGUGUGAGGACCCCAGAAUCAAGCAUCUUCCAUUUCCUCAGGACAAGAACUUGACCAUAAGCUAUUCAGUUAACCAAGAUACUGAAUACUAUGAUAAAGUCUUGUUCAUUCCAGUUCUGAAUAAGCCCUUGUCUUCAAACCAGUACCAUGUGAUAAGAAGGCAAGGGAGACAUCAAGGCCAAGCAAGCACAAGCUCAAAGGAAGAGGACAUGGGAACUUGUUUAUGCUGCAGCUUUGCAAGGGAUGUUAAACCAGCACCUUUGGACCCCUCUGAUGAUUAUCAGCAGGUUGAAAUAAUAAUUGUGAGUCACGGUUUCCAAGCAAAGUCUGUUGCUUCAGAUGGAAUUCCUCCUGACUUCUUGAGGAGAAAAGGUUGGAAGGUUGCGGCUAAAACUCCGCGCAAUUACCAUUUGAAAGAAGCUUUGGGCUGCAACGAUUCCUUACGUGCCACGCUACCGGAUUUCAACUUCCCAUUGUCCAAUGAUUGUUCUAAAUCUGUGGUUGUUGGGAAGUGGUACUGCCCUUUUAUGUUUGUGAAGGAAGGAAUGAGAUUGAAGGAGCAGAUGAAAAAGUCGGUGUUCUAUGAGUUGACACUUGAGCAAAGAUGGGAAAAGAUAUUUUCAAAGGAAAAUGGUGACAAUGGAAAAGAUCAUUCUGUGCUUGUGGAUAUUGCGGUUCAAACAGAAGUUGCCAAGGUUGUAGGAAGGGAAGCUGUUUGGGAUGAAAAUGCUGUGGUUGAUAGGGUGUUGUGGUUUAGGAGUGUUGAUGAUGUGGGAAGAGAGAUCAGUGUUGGAUUGAGCUUGGAAGUGUUUGAGAGAAUGAAAUGGGAGCAAGAAAGGGUUGGAUGGAAAGCAAGUAAUGAAAGGCAAGAGAGGGUGGCAAGAGUUGAGGAGUUUAGUGGAACAAACAAGUGGGAAAAUUUUAGUUGUUAUGCGCUGGUGGAGAGUUUUGUAUUUAAGAGAAUGGAUGGAAGUUUGGUGCUAACGUAUGAUUUCAGGCACAUGCACCAAAUUAAGUGCAAAUGGGAAUGAUCCAAAAGACUGAUUGUUCUAUUAAGUUCACAAUCAGAAUAUAGUUUGAACUUUUAAGUUCCUUCUGCUUGAAUAUAUGCUUUAUAUAGUUUUGUAGAGAAUUAUAGACCAAGGAGAUACUUUGUAUAUGCAAGAAUAAUCAUUGUUAAACCCAUAUUUGUGUGUGUAUAAUUUUAUACUGAAUGUAUUUCUAUAGAUUACAUUGCUCAUAUGUAAUUAGCUUAUGGUUGUGUUGUGGAUGUGUGUGUGUGUGUGUGUGUGUGGGUGUGUGUGUAUACCAUACAAAUAUAUAUACAUCCUCAAAACUCAUGAAUCUAUGAAUGCGCUAUUAGCUUCAUAUGUGGAUUACAUCCCCAUAAUUUGAGACUUAAAUCUUGCUCUACAUCGCCUCACUUCCAUUCUCAUCCUUCAUUGCUAAGUUGUGUUUCGGUGUGAUCAACCAUUGACCUCUUCAACCAUCUCCCCUCCUCCAGUCUAUUUUUGGAAAACACCGUCUUUUUGGCCUGCCAAUGCUUCUCUUAUACCAAUACAACUAGGAUUUCUUUACUCGGAUUCAUUCAUUCAGAUAUUUUAACUUUUUUAUACUAAAAUCCUUCCAGCAAAAUUUAAAGCUUUGUUCGACCUUAACUUUCAGAAUUUACAUGAUUAAACUUUAAUAUUAAACUUUAAUAAUUUUGCUGGUUAAAUCACCAGUUUUGAUUUUAAAAAUGUUAAUAAUAAGAGGCAUUUAAUAUAUGCCUUGUUUCAGUUUUAUUUUUUAAUAUUUUAUCUUUUCACAUACAUACAUACAUCUCGAAAAUAUAUUUUAAAAUUGAAUAAAACAAUCUUUUAUUAUCUUAUUAUACUGUUCACAAACCAUUUUCCUUUCUUUUCUUUUUUGGAAAUUGUAGUCUUAUCAACAAUCCCCCUUCAUACAUAACACGUAUAUAGAUUCACACUUCUUGCAAGGAUUGAUCCAUGUUGUUCAUGGUUAAUCGAACAUGAGAUCCCAAAAACUUAUGCCUAACUACUUCAUCAUUUUAACUAUUUCCCAAAUCCAAGUAUUAAUCAUCCUUAACAAGCUGCAGGCGUCCCUGCUUCAGGAUCCAUAGAAUAGAAAUAGACAACAUAUCAUAAUUAACAACAUUAAAUAGAUAGAUACAAGGUUGAAAUAUUGAAAGGACCAAAUCAAAGAUAAUGGAAAAAUACUACAUGAAAAUUUCAAAGAACCAACACUCACACAUUUAUAUACGUCAUUGACUCAUUGUCAUUAGUCAAAUUAAACGGUGUUUACAAUGAGCCUUGAACAAGUAACCCAAUUAAUUAUUGAUCGUGGUCCAUUCAAACGGUUGUUCGAAAUUAAUUACAUGGAUAAGAAGCACACUGCACACCUAGCAUUUUAUGUUCUUGGAACAAUGUAUAUAAAUCAACAUGAGUGCAUACAAAAUAUACAUAGAAAAUAAAAGCAAACAACAAAUAUUAAGGUGUGAACAGUUUUUAAGUGUGAGAGAAAAUGUAUAUGACAAGACCACUAUCCAUGUACAAAAGGAAUCCUGCUGCUCUUUCAGACCCUCCUCCAAUAGGGCCAAAUUCAGGUUAUCUUGUAAUCUUCGAUGAAGAAGCUCAGACAUACUCAUGUUUCGGUUUGUGCAAGGACAACUCGAUUGAGGAUCUUCCUUUUCCUCAGAAUAAAAACUUAACCAUCAAUUAUUCAAGCGACGAUGAAGAAGCCUUGUUUGUUCCCGUGUUGAAUAAGCCACUCUCUUCGAACCACUACUAUGUGAUAAGAAGGACGGGGAAGCAUCAAGGGUAUGGAUAAUCACUUUUCUAUAUAUAUCAAUUAACCUUCAUACUAUUUUUUUAAACUAUGUGCGUGUUUAAUUUAUUUUUUUCUCUAAUUUUUUUAAUUAAUUUAUAAAUAAAUCGAAAAUAAAUUUUUAUUUAUUUAAAAUUAAGCGUUAUUAAAUUGAUUUCAGUCAAGCUAGCACCAGUUCAAAGGAAGAGAACAUGGACACUUGUUUAUGUUGUAGCUAUGUCCGAGAUGUAAAGCCAAAACCUUUGGAUCCCUCUGAUGAUUAUCAACAAGUUGAAAUAAUCAAGAAGAAUUAUGGUUUCCAUGCAAAAUCCGUUGCCCCAGAUGGAAUUCCUCCUGGUUUAUUGAGGGAAAAAGGUUGGACAGUUUAUGCUCAAAGUCCUAACAAUUACCAUUUAGGGGAAGCUUUAGGCUCCAAUGAUUCCUUGCGUGCCAAGUUUCCAGAUUUUAACUUUCCAUUGUCCAAUGAUUGUUCUAAAUCUGUGGUUGUUGGAAAGUGGUAUUGCCCUUUUAUGUUUGUGAAGGAAGGAAUGACACUGAAGGAGCAAAUGAAAAAGUCAGUGUUCUAUGAGUUGACACUCGAGCAAAGAUGGGAAAAGAUAUUUUCGAAGGAAAAUGGAGACAAUGGAAAAGAUCAUGCUGUGCUUGUGGAUGUUGUGGUGCAAACUAAAAGUGCCAAGGUUGUAGGAAGGGAAGAUGUUUGGGAUGAGAAUGGUGUGGAUAAUGAUAGGGUGAUGUGGUUUAAGGAUGUUGGAUCAAAGACAACUAGUGUUGGAUUGAGUAUGGAAAUUGUUGAGGGCAUGAAAUGGGAACAAGAGAAAGUUGGGUGGAUUGGUGGGAGGGAAAGGCAAGUGAGAGUGGAAAGAGUAGAAGAGUUUGGAGGAAUAAAUAGUUGGAACAAAUUUGGCUGUUAUGUGCUGGUUGAAAGUUUUGUGUUCAAGAGAAUGGAUAGAACAUUGCUCCUAACUUGUGAUUACAGGCACACACAUCAAAUUAGAUGUAAAUGGGAGUGAUUUUACACUACCGUUGAAUUUAUUGUUUUGUUUGACAGUGUUUCUUAUUGUGCAUAUAUUACGUCUUUGUUAUAAAAUUUUGUUCAAAUUCUGGUG